AUGAGCCCCGAAGAAAUUAAACCGAAUUUGGUUCCCCCAGAGCCCAUUGCCAUCUGUGGAAUGUCUGUACGUCUCCCUGGAGGCCUGCAUACACCCCAACAGCUAUGGGACUUCUUGGUGGCUAAAGGAGAUGCCCGUGGCAAAGUGCCAAAGUCCAGAUACAAUGCCUCGGCAUACUACUCUGACACGCAGAAACCAGGCAGCAUCAAGACAGAAUAUGGAUACUUCCUGGAUGAAAGUGUUGACAUUGCUUCAGUGGACACAUCUUUCUUCACAAUGGGAAAGUUGGAAGUUGAGCGUAUGGACCCACAGCAACGGCAGAUGCUGGAAGUUGCCAGGGAGUGCAUGGAAGAUGCCGGAGAAACGAACUGGAAAGGACGACCAAUUGGCUGCUAUAUGGGCAGCUUUGGUGAAGAUUGGCUUGAACUAUAUGGCAAAGAAAUACAGCAGUAUGGCCAGUAUCGAGUGAGCGGAUACGGAGAUUUUAUGCUGCCCAAUCGAGUCUCGUAUGAGAUGGACCUGACAGGACCGAGCAUGGUCAUACGUACUGCCUGCUCAGCAGGUCUUGUUGCACUACACGAAGCAUGUCUGGCAAUUUCCAGGGGUGACUGCGAGGGAGCCAUUGUUGGCGGCGCCAACUUGAUAAUGGCACCAGGCAUGACAGCUGCCAUGAGUGACCAAGGCGUGAUUUCACCUGAUGGGUCUUGCAAGAGCUUCUCUGCCGAUGCCAAUGGCUAUGCUCGAGGAGAGGCAAUCUCUGCAAUCUUCAUCAAACCCUUGGCUAACGCCGUCCGGGAUGGAAAUCCAGUUCGAGCGGUUAUCCGUUCGACAGCAUCAAACAGUGACGGAAGGGGGCCUGGAAUCGGCACACAUGUCCCGAAUGAUAUUGCCCACGAGGCCAUGAUCCGGCGCGCGUAUGAGGUGGCAGGCAUUGCAGAUUACUCCCAGACCGCAUUUGUUGAGUGCCAUGGCACUGGCACCCAAGUUGGAGAUCCUAUCGAAACCCGAGCAGUGGGCCGGGUUUUUGGCCCUUCUGGUGGCGUCCUCAUUGGGUCUGUCAAGCCCAAUCUUGGUCAUUCUGAAGGAGCCUCGGGGAUUACAUCCCUAAUCAAGGCGGUACUGGCCCUGGAAAAUCGUAUCAUCCCUCCAAAUAUUAAGUUUAAGGAGCCCAAUCCCAAUAUUCAGUGGGAUGAGUAUGGGCUAUCUGUUCCCACAGAGCCGAUGCCAUGGCCUGAGGCUCGGAAGGAGCGAAUCAGUGUAAACUCCUUCGGAAUUGGAGGUACUAACGCUCACGUUGUUCUCGAUUCAGCUCAGAGCUUUGGCAUCUCCCCCGUUCCCACACAGCAUACCAUUUUGUCACAGCUGCUUGUUUAUUCCGCAAACAAUGUUGAGUCAUUAAAACAAAUGAUCUCCCACUAUACAGCGUAUAUCCAAGAGCACCCAACCAGACUUGCCGAUCUAGCGUUCACUCUGGGUAAUAGGAGGGAACAUCUGCCCCAUCGGGCAUUUUCCGUGAAAAGCUCAUUGGGCCCGCUCACGACUUCAGCGCCCUCAAAAGCUGGUGAGACACCGAACAUCGUCAUGGUUUUCACCGGCCAGGGCGCUCAGUGGCCACAAAUGGGUUGCUCCAUGAUCCACAACCCCGUCUAUCCUGCAUUUAAAAAGAGCAUUCAAGAUCUUGACUCACAUUUGCAAACGCUCACACAUGCUCCAGAAUGGAGCAUUGAAGAAGAGCUCUUGAAGGGCCCAGAUACUAGCAGACUCGGCUCAUCCGAGUUGUCCCAGCCCCUGUGCACGGCAAUCCAAGUGGCCCUGGUCGACACUUUCGCUUCCGUUGGCGUUCAGCCUACUGCUGUCGUGGGCCACUCUAGCGGCGAAGUGGUAGCUGCGUACGCUGCCGGUGCCAUCACGGCCAACGAAGCAAUCACGAUUGCGUUUUAUCGAGGUCAGGUCACUAAGCUACAAACCAGACCUGGGGCCAUGGCGGCUAUAGGCAUGGAUACCGAGGAGGUCCAAGAAUAUCUACAGGCUGGCGUCGUCGUUGCUUGCGAAAACUCGCCUAAAAGUGUUACCCUCGCGGGUGAUACACAUGCUAUUGAAAAUGCAGUUGCCCUGGUUAAGAGGGCCCACCCCAAUGUCCUGGCCAGACAGUUGAAAGUCGACAAGGCGUACCACUCUCAUCAUAUGGCUGAAAUAGGCAAUGAGUACUAUGCUUUGAUUGAACGUGAAAUAUGCCCCAAGGCUCCAAAUAAGUUGUUCUUCAGCAGUGUUGAGAACAAACUGUUCACCGAAGCCCAGAAUUUCGGGCCCAAAUACUGGCAGAUGAACCUGCAGUCCCCAGUGCUCUUCCGCUCGUCUGUCUCAUCUAUAGUCAAGCAUCAGAUUGCGAAGAACAUGGUGCUACUUGAAAUUGGACCGCAUUCCGCUCUUGCGGGUCCCUUGCGACAGACCCAGGCUCAUCUUUCCUCUUCUUCACCUUAUAUUUCUACAUUCGUUCGCAACCAGGACAGUACAGAAUCCUUCCUGAACGCCAUUGGGCAGCUGCAUGUUCUAAACGCUGUCUCCAAAUUGGAUAAGGUCAUUUGCGAGGGCUCUACUCUCCCAGAUCUUCCAAGGUACCCAUGGAAUCACUCGAAAAGAUUCUGGUAUGAGUCUCGACUGAGCAAGGAGUGGAGACACCGCGAGCACAAGUAUCACGAUCUUCUUGGUGUCCGGGUAACUGAGAGCCCUGAUUUUCAUCCUCUUUUCCGAAAUCUCUUUCACUUGGACAAUGCCCCGUGGAUUCGUGACCACAAGGUCGGCGAUGAUAUUGUAUUCCCCUUCGCUGGGUAUGCUGCGAUGAUUGGCGAGGCUGUGAGACAGCUGACCGGGGUUAAUGAAGCAUUCACACUACGCAAUAUCACUGUCAGCACUGCUCUUGUCUUGAAUGAAGGCCCGCCAGUUGAGAUCAUGACAACACUACAUCGCCAUCGAUUGACUGAUUCCCUUGACAGUGAGUGGUGGGAAUUUACUAUCGCCUCCCAGAACGGAACUAGUUGGACCAAAAACUGCUCGGGCGAGGUUAGAUCGCAUAGCGAACACCUUGAAGAUAUAGAAAAGAAGGCUCCUCUUGUGCGAAAGGUUAAUACGCACCGUUGCUACCAUUCUAUGGCAAUGUCUGGACUCAACUUUGGGCCAUCAUUUCAACGGCUCGACCAUGUCCGGUCAGACACUGUCACGCAGAAUGCGACGUCCGAACUUGUUGCAAAAGAGACUGAUGGGGAAAAAUAUCAUCUGCACCCCACGAUCAUCGAUGCCUCACUGCAGCUGCUCAGUGUGGCUGCUUCCAAGGGAUAUGCCGAACAGAUAACCAACAUAAUGGUUCCUACUUACAUUCAAGAAAUGUCCAUCUACCGCUCUUAUGGGAAUGUUCAGGUCCAAGCUUCCGCAUCCUACACCCCGAACGGCUCCAUCGUCGGUAGUGGCCAGUGUAUUACUGCAGGAGGCAAGGUUGCUUUACGCAGUUCUGGAAUUAGACUCUCUGUUCUCGAUCAUCAGGACUCUGACAAGGCGGACGACGCCACUGCCUGUGCAGAAUGGGCUCCCCAUAUCGACUUCCUGGACGUCAAUACUCUCAUCAAGCCAUUAAUUGACCGCAGUGACUACAUGCCCACUUUGACAGAUCUAUCUCAUCUAUGCAUGGUUUACACGCAGCGUAUCAUUGGGGAACUGGAUACUCCAAUCAGCCACAUGCACAGAUAUCGAUCAUGGAUUGAUCAGCACCUCCUGUCCGUGGAUCUGCGGAGCCUCCAAAUUCACGACAAUGGUGCCAUUGAGCAUCGAGUGAAGGAACUUGUUCACCAGAUCUCCCAAACCAAGGGCGCCCAUCUUGCCGUUGGUAUCGAGGUGGUUUUCAACAACGUCCAGAAGAUUUUCACCGGGGAGGCCGAUGCUUUGGAUCUCCUUUUAGCCGAUGACAUAUUGGCCAACGUCUAUAAUGCCAUGGAUCAGUGCGAUAUUUCCAGAUUCAUCAGGCGAUUGAGUCAUAGCAAGCCUAAUCUGCGUAUCCUCGAAAUAGGAGCCGGAACUGGCGGGUCCACAGCUAAUCUCCUGAAGCUGUUGACACCUGGGGACAGGAAGCUAUACACGAGUUACACAUUCACUGAUAUCUCGUCUGGCUUCUUUGUUGCUGCAAAGGACCGCUUUGCCAAUUACCCAAAUUUCGAAUACGCUACUCUCGACAUUAGUAAAGAUCCCUCGGAUCAGGGUUUCGAUGGCCACAAAUACGACCUAAUUCUGGCCACCAAUGUCAUCCACGCCACUGCAUCCUUGAACGACAGUCUGAGUAAUGUUCGGAAACUUCUCUCUCCCACAGGAUGGUUCUUGCUCCACGAAUUGACACCCACAUUCAAAUGGAUCAACUAUAUCUUUGGAACUCUAGCUGGCUGGUGGUACGGCGAUGCUGAGGGUCGGUCGCAUGAGCCGUAUAUAGGUGUCGAACGCUGGGAGAGAGAACUCAAGGCCGCUGGAUUCCGCACUCCCGAUGCUGCAGUUUUGGAUUCAGAUCAUCCAUAUCAGUUGAACGCCAUGAUUGUGGCUAGGCCGGAAAUUGAUGUCACACCCAAGAAACGCGUCACGCUCUUGACGCUCUCUGAAUCGAGAUGUGUUGUCACUUUGCUCCAGGCGCUAGAGGGCAGGGGAUACUCCAUUCAUCAUUCUAGGUUUGGGGAAGAGCGUUUGCCUGACGGACAAGAUGUGAUUGCCUUGCUUGACGAUGAAGCCCCAUUCUUUGAGAACAUGGAUAACCAACGCUUUGACGCUUUCAAGAAAUUGGUGGAGGGCGUAAAUGAGUGUGGUAUUCUCUGGGUGACUCGUUUGUCACAAGCCCAAUGUCAUGACCCGAGAUUUUCCCAGAUCAACGGCGUAGCGCGGACGAUUCGCAAUGAAUUGCUUGUCGACUUUGCUACUUGCGAGGUUGAUAAUCUUGAUGUCUCUUUGGAGAAACUCAUCGACGUAUAUGAGAAGUUCCAAGUCCGCCAGGAAGACCAGACGCUGAAGCCUGAAUUCGAAUAUGCUAUCAUUGACAAUACUGUCCAAGUUGGACGGUACCAUCCAUUCUCAUUGGGAGACGAGCAAGAGACGUCGGGUUCAAAUGAUAGCAUGGCUCUUCGGACCAGUAAACCCGGUCGCUUGGCUGCGUUACACUGGGCUUACGAGGGUAUCAGAACCCUGAAAGGAGAUGAGGUGGAAAUUGACACGUAUGCAACCGGUCUGAAUUUCAAGGAUGUCUUAUGUGCCAUAGGCAUUGUCGAAGCGAAAGAUAAUGAAUUUGGCCAUGAAGGCGCCGGCAUAGUCCGCAGCAUCGGUCCCGAAGUUCAAGGUCUGAAGGUCGGUGAUCGCGUUAUGGUCGUCGGAAGCUGUUUAUUUGGGACACGAUUAGUUCUCUCCGAGGCCCUUUGCGAGAAGAUCCCAGGUGGCUUAAGCUUCAAUGAUGCGGCUACCAUGCCUUGCGUGUUCAGUACAUCACUGUACUCCAUCUUCGACGUUGGAAAUCUGAGGAAAGGACAGUCCAUUCUUAUUCACAGUGCCUGCGGUGGGGUUGGCAUUGCGACCAUUCAGCUUGCUCAAAUGGUUGGUGCGGAGAUUUACGCAACUGUUGGUAACGAGGAGAAGGCCAAGUAUCUCAUGGACGCAUUUGGCCUUCCGCGGAACAGAAUCCUCAACUCCCGUAAUACCUCGUUUGUCGAGGACAUCAUGCGGGAGACAAACGGACAGGGCGUCGAUUUGGCAUUGAACUCAUUGUCUGGUGAACUACUUCAUGCUACAUGGAAGUGCAUUGCACCUUUUGGAAAGAUGGUCGAGAUUGGCAAGCGAGACUUGAUUGGCUCCGGAAAGCUUGAUAUGACACCUUUCUUAGAUAACCGGAGCUACUGCUGUGUCGAUUUGGAUCAAAUUUGUUCCAGAAAGCCGACCCUUGCAAAGAAACUGCUAAAGGAAAUUGUAGAACUACUGAGAGAGCGCUACAUCUCCCCUAUCCGACCCAUCAAAGUCUUUAGUUCCGAUGGAAUACACGCCGCCUUCCGUUACAUGCAGCAAGGUACUCAUCUAGGAAAGAUCGUCGUGUCGAUGCGUGAUGCUUCAGGUCAGGUCAGCGCAGUCCAAGAUACCCAGCAACGGAAAAAGCCCAUCCAACUCAACAGUUCUGGUGCAUACCUGCUCGUAGGUGGCCUUGGGGGCCUGGGACAGGCUAUAUCUACGUGGAUGGUCCAAUCCGGAGCUCGUCAUCUCAUAUAUCUUUCCCGAACUGCGGGUUCAAGUGAAACCCACCGGGAGUUUGCCCAAGAGCUUGCCAGUAUGGACUGCCGCGUCGACUUUAUUCAAGGUACCGUGUCCAACAUAGAAGAUGUGACCACCGCCAUCUCACGGGCUCAAGGCCGGCUUCGGGGUAUCUUGCAGAUGUCUAUGAUGCUUUGUGAUCGGAGCUUCGCACGCAUGACACUGGAAGAGUGGAACACCGCUGUUGAUCCGAAGGUCAAGGGCACGUGGAAUCUUCAUAAUGCUUCGGUAUCUGCCAAUGCGGAACUUGACUUCUUUGUUCUAUUCAGUUCGGUGUCUGGUGUCUUUGGACUUCCUGGUCAGAUCAACUAUGCCGGUGCGAACACAUUCUUGGAUGCCUUUUCUCGGUACAGGUUGAGUUUGGGAUUACCGGCUUGCGCUAUCGAUAUCGGUAUCGUUGAGGGAGUAGGUUAUGCUGCCGAGCAGGAGGAAGUUUUACAAAAGCUCAAAGCUGCUGGUGGCCUGGGAAAUACAGUCUCAGUGGGCGAGCUUUUGAGCGCGGUAGAGGCAGCGAUGACAUCUAUUCCAAAUAUGUCGAGACCCGAAGCAAGCAACUUCGGCGUUGGGAUUCGUCCCAACUUCCCCCUCACAGAUCAAAGAAAUCGUUUGAUCUGGAAGAAGGACAUCCGAAUGUCGGUGUUUCAUAAUACUGCAAGCGCCGGAACCACCGUGGUCUCUGCAUCCGGCACUAGCUUGGAGGCCUUCAUCACACAGGUCAAGGGCGAUGCCGCGCUAUUAAGCCAACCUGAUUCCUCUCAAAUACUCGCUGUGGAAAUUGGAAAGAAGAUAUUUAGUUUCUUAUUGAAGUCAGAAGAAGAGCUGGUGACGUCUUGCUCCUUGUCCGAGCUGGGAAUGGAUUCCCUCGUGGCAAUUGAGGUAAAACAGUGGUGGAAGGCGACAUUUGGGUUCGAUAUAAGUGUCCUCGAGUUGAUGGGAAUGGGCUCCCUCGAUAUGCUCGGGCAUCACGCUGCUCAUGGCAUGCUUAAACUGUUCCAUGGUGUGCAACAGCAAGUUGAUUGA